CAGAAGGACUGGUAGUAAAUUGACUUUCUUCGUUGAUCACUUCACAGUGGGAAUGACACGCAGAAGAGGAUUCAGGAUUCAGCUGUGCGAAUUGCCUGUCGGAUAGGGUUGAGAUAUGAUUGGUAAGAUUGCAGUUGCUGCACUGAUUGGCUUUUGUGGAUACACUUACCUAUCAAUAAGGCCUCCGCCUCCCAAAAUAUGCGGCACACCAGGGGGCCCUCCGGUGACUUCGACGAGGAUUAAACUUAGGGAUGGAAGGCAUUUGGCAUACAAGGAGAAGGGUGUUGCCAAGGAAGAAGCAAAGUUUAAGAUAGUCAUUGUCCAUGGCCUUGGUGACUCCAAGGAUUUCGAUCCGCCAUUAUCUGAAGAAUUGAUAAACGAGUUCCAAAUAUAUGCUGUGUUCUUCGACCGUGCGGGCUAUGGAGAAAGCGAUCCGAACCCUACAAGAUCGGUGAAAAGUGAAGCAUUUGACAUUCAAGAACUGGCUGACACAUUGCAACUUGGCAAUAAAUUUUUCGUGGUGGGCAUCUCCUUGGGAGCUUACUCGAUUUACAGCUGCUUACAUUACAUCCCACACAGGAUAGCAGGAGCUGCUCUUGUUGUUCCAUUUGUUAACUAUUGGUGGAAGUUCUUUCCGGCAGCUCUCGCCAAAGAAUGCUUUGAGGAACGGCUUCGCCAAAACCAGUGGGCAUUUCGAGUGGCACACUAUGCUCCAUGGCUACUGUACUGGUGGAUGACUCAAAAAUGGUUCCCCUGUCUCCGCACCCAAAGGAAUUUCGAUGUUCUCAGUGAGCCUGAUCAGGAGAUCAUUAAACGACGGUCCACAGAACCUCCCCAGGAGGGCCAGGUAAAGGUAACGCAACAAGGUGUUCAUGAGUCUCUUCAUCGCGACAUGAUUGUGGGUUUCGGGAAAUGGGAAUUUGACCCAACAGAUAUCCGCAAUCCUUUCCCCGACAAUGAAGACCAUGUUCAUCUAUGGCAAGGAUAUGAAGACAGGUUCAUUUCUUACAAGCUGAACCGGUAUUUGUCCCAGCAGCUCCCAUGGAUUCGUUACCACGAGGUACCUAAUGCCGGACACCUUUUAAUCUACAAUGCAACUCUUUGUGAAACCAUCUUCAAGGUACUUUUGUCGUCAAAUUCAUGAGCAUGCGUAAAUACUUGUUGCUAAAUUGUAUCAUAAUCAGCAUAGGUUCGAGAAAUUUAUUUUUUUAGAUGACGUGGGAACUUACAACUGCUAUUUGAAAUGUGUUUCAAUAGAAGUAUAUGUUUACUUUGAUGAGCAAGAUCUUUGGGUUAGUUUAUAUGAUCAUCAAUAUGUCAAUAAAAUUUAAUUAUAUGAUGAAUUUGCAUACUUCCAUUUUUUAAGUUUA